CCUUCCAUAAAAAAUAAAAAAUCUUACAAGAUUUAGUUUAUGUUGUUUUUGUUGUUUGUGGGAUUGUUGUUGCAUGGAUUUCCCCAUGGAUGCCAGUAAAGGUCAAUGUCUGUGUGGGUGGCAUGUCUGAUAGUAGCAGUUCCUAUGCACAUAUCCAGCAAACAGUGUCCCAUCAAAGACAAUACCAUAACUGCAGAGCCGUACGUCACAAUAAUUUAUGCAGGACCAUUUGCCAUCGAGGAGCAUUAAGAACGAAAUGUGCGGAUCAAGUUACUCUUUCUAGAUGUUGGACAACUUGAAGGUGCAAUCUUUCAUCUCCAGAUGUUGCAUUCGCAGAUGGGUUUCCAGGUUCCAAUUUUGUUACAGCCUUACUCUGGUGCAAUCUUUCAUCUCCAGAUGGGUUUCCAGGUUCCAAUUUUGUUACAGCCUUCCUCGGCUGGAUUCAACAUUAUCACUCCCCAGUUCUUGUUUGCCCUGAUGUUAGCUGAGAAUGUCGAAUCAAAAGUAGGCUGCACUUGAAGGUGGUGGGCAGCAGCUGUGUCAGUGUUCUUUGCAAGUUGGAAAGGGCAAUAUGGGGCAGUUCUGUCUGUGUCUUCCACACCCUUCUUUUCGUGGUCUCAGUUGCUUGGCAGUUUGCCCCACGCAUCCAACCCAAGGAAAGCUAUCCCAAGCAAGGCCUGACCACAGAACCCCUCUACAAAAAGAUCUGUUGACUUUGAUGUUGCAGACACUUCUCUACAUUAUAUGACAUUUUUGGGAAGGUAGAGACUUGCUUCUUCUGUUCACUCUUUUCAUGGUAUAUGACCUGCUAAUUCCCCCACCGAAGUCUUCUGCUAGUCCAGUUGCAGAGAGUGUGAUGGAAUCUCCUCCUCCUCCUCCUCCUCCUCCUCCUCAAGAGACACAACAGCCGCCGCCCCUUGAUCUGUCGCUCGCCUUGGCCCCUUCCUCGCCUUCCUCCGAUCAGGAGACCAAGUACGUGAAGCUCUUCCCCUGCCUCUUCUGCAACAAGAAGUUCCUCAAGUCCCAGGCGCUCGGCGGCCACCAGAACGCCCACAAGAAGGAGAGGAGCGUCGGGUGCAGCUCCUACCUUUACCUCGCGCCCACCGCCGUCGCCCCCACCGCCGUCCCUCCGCCGCCGCUUCCCAUCGCGUCCCACGCGUGCAGGUACCUUCCUCUCACCGACUACUCCUUCGGCAGCCACUCGGACGGCUUCAGCCCCGCCCGCAGGGGCCCCCGGUUCGCGGCCGACCACCCGCUGCUGGCGACGGUGAGUAGCGGCAGGGCAAUGUGCGCCGCGGGGGACCUCUCCGCGAGCGGUGACGAGACCAUCGACCUGCUCAACUGGCGGAGAGGGUCCCACCCUACGCAGGAGCUCCCAGCCGUCCCAGCCGCCGGCGACGGCCCGGCCGAGCUCGACCUGUCGUUGAGGCUCUAGUGUUUGCGUUGUUGCUACCUGUUAUCAGUUCGCUGCUCGUUUCGGUUGAGCUGCACCGGGGUUUGGCUGCGCCUCGACGGCUGAGCUAUAGGUGGGGGGGGCGUUGGCGGCGGGAUGGUGUUGGAGUGGGAAGAAGACACGGCCAUGUGAUGUGGGUGGGCAUCGUGUCAUAUGGUGGUGGGGCAACGGAUGCGUGCAUUGUGGAUACUGUUGACAUCAUUGUCUCCCCUCUCCUGCUCUCUAUUGUAGCUCAUAGGCCAAUCCUUUGGAGGUCCUUCCUCACAUCAAGUGCUACUUAAACUUGUGAUGAUAUCAAAGGCUCUAAAGAGGUUCUCUUCAUGCUUUGAAUCUUUCGAUCAUGUAUAAUAAAAAACUGUUUUAAGUAGA